ACAACAACUUCGGAGGUGCACUUACAUUUUCCUCAUAAAAAAUAUAAAAAACAGUGCAAUGGCGCCGCCAAAAACUAAUAACCGCAACACGGGGCGUCGCAAGAAAUCUCCAUCUAAUCUUCUGGAGUCCCUGCUCGAUAAAUAUGUAAAUCUGAACUUUCUCAAAUAUCUCAUAUUCGAGCCGGCUGCCAUUCCUAUCAUAGCGAUACUAAUCGUUAUGACAGAGGCUUUUAUUAACAUGCUAGUUAUACAUCGAGUGCCAUAUACGGAAAUUGACUGGAUCGCCUAUAUGCAGGAAUGCGAGGGCUUUCUUAAUGGGACCACCAAUUAUGCUCUGUUGCGUGGUGACACCGGUCCUUUAGUGUAUCCAGCUGGCUUUGUGUACAUAUAUUCUGCCCUUUACUAUAUAACAGGGCAUGGCAGCAAUAUCCGAAUGGGUCAAUAUAUCUUCGCUGGCAUAUAUUUGUUGCAAAUGUGGCUUGUAUUGCGUUUAUAUGCGAAAAGUCGCAAGGUGCCACCGUAUGUGCUGGUGCUAAGCGCCUUUACAUCGUAUCGUAUUCAUUCGAUCUAUAUUUUGCGACUGUUCAAUGAUCCCGUUGCCAUACUCUUGCUCUAUGUGGCUAUCAAUCUUUUUCUGGAUCAUCGUUGGACCCUGGGAAGCGUUUUCUACAGCCUUGCGGUGGGAGUCAAAAUGAACAUAUUAUUGUUUGCGCCUGCUCUGCUGCUCUUUUAUCUGGCUAAUCUGGGCGUAGCCAAGACGCUUAUGCAGUUAAGUGUGUGUGCAGCAACACAAUUAAUUCUGGGUGCUCCAUUUCUGCUGACCUAUCCGCUGGAAUACUUACGUGGCAGCUUCGACUUGGGUCGAGUGUUUGAGCACAAAUGGACAGUGAACUACAGAUUUCUAUCCAAAGCGUUCUUCGAGGAUCGCAAGUUUCAUAUUUCAUUGCUAUUCAUGCAUCUUCUGCUGCUUCUGUACUUUGCCAAGCCCACCUGGACAUUUUUCAAAAGCUAUGUUCGCCUUCGGGAGCUGCAGAAGCAACUGCAACCACAGUUGGCACGUAAAAAUCUCGAGCAGCAGGCGAAUAUAAAAGCAAAGAAGUUACAAAGGAAUGAGCAGCCACAACCGGAGAAAGAGGAGCAGUUUAGUAAUGACCAGAAGACCUUUCUCAAAACGUUAGAGAAAAGUUUGCAAAAGGCAUCGGGUCAGAAGGCGCCACAGCAGAUUGCGCCUGCGCCCACCCAGGAAUCCGCAGAGCGCUACGGCAUACACUUUGACCAGUGCACCCAAUUGGCACUCUUGCCCUUCUUUUUGUGCAACUUCAUUGGCGUUGCCUGCGCACGCUCCCUACACUAUCAAUUCUAUGUCUGGUACUUUCACUCGCUGCCCUAUUUGGUUUGGUACACGCCCUUUUCUCUGGGCGUACGGUAUCUGAUCUUGGGGAUAAUCGAGUACUGCUGGAAUACAUAUCCAAGUACGCAUGUAUCCAGUGUUGCACUGCAUCUCUGUCAUCUGCUGCUCCUGGUGGGCGUGGGACGUCAGUUCUUCAAGACUGUCAGACUCAAUACAGUCGUGAAUAAGCAAACAGCUAACAUGAAUAAGCAGAAUGGUCAACAAACUCCGACGACACUGACGGCUAAGAAGACGCAGUAAAGAAAGAUAUUUGUACGUGUAUAUUAAACAAUAAAAAAAUUUCUUUUAAAAUCCUUAAA